AUGUCUGUCACACAAGACUUUGUCUUCUUUUAUACCACUGCCUACUAUUCCUACACCAUUAUCGAUGACUACGACCGUAGUCUCUAUCUCUCUCGGGUUACUACCUUUUUGUUCUAUACCGAUCUAUCUAGCGCUGUCCUUUCAAUCGUCUUACAAUAUCACCAUUUAAGUUAUUGUUCAGUAGAUGUAACAAACAUAGUAAAAAGUAGUAAUAACAAUAGUAACAGUAAUAACAAUAGAGAAGAUUUGAAAAUGUUUGAUAAAGAUGAUUUAAAGAGAGCGAUCAAGUCAUUUACCGGUACGACGGUGAGUGACGAGUUUAUUAUGAUGAUGCAAAAGCAGUUGGCAGAGUAUGGAGAUCAAGAGAUUGAUUUUGAAGAGUUUCGUGACUCGUUUCUUGCAAUGACUCGGUCCCUCUAUCCCAACAACCCAUCGGUCAAUUGUAGUCGAGAGAUAUCUAACCCUCCAUCGCCUCCUCCUUCACCGUGUCGAUCUCGAUCCAUGUCACCAGUGCGCACACCCACUCGUCUCAUAUCACCACCUCCUACACCACGACGUUAUGGUGGUGGUGGCGGCAAUGGUGGUGGCAGUAGUGGUGGCAGUGGUGGAGGGUCACCCAUUUCAUCAUCGCCUCCCAUCAUCACACCCAUCUACCCAUACUAUGUAAAACCCAAUCCCAUUUCACCGCGUCGUUUAAAUGGAUCAUCUAGACCACGUUCAAACUCUCUCAAUCUAUCAACUGGUAGUACUGCUAGUGCUGGAUCUGGGUCUGGGUCUGGGUCUGGAUCGACCAGUCCAAUUGGAACAAGUGGUGGUAAUUCAAAUCUCAAUAGUAUAUUUUCAACUUAUUCAUCUACAUCUCCUUCUCUUCCUGGAUCUUCGUCGUCUUCCAACAACCAUAACCACUUAAACAACAACAACACAAAUACCAAUACACAUACUAAUCAAAGAGCAAGGGCAAUGUCUACAUCAUCAUCAUUUGAUGAUUCAAAUUUACCUGCUCCAAGAAGUUCCGAUGAUGAAGGUAGUACUGGUAGCAAUGGUACCAAUGGAAGUGGAAAUAUGACAUUACAUCAAACAAUAUCACAUCUAAUUAGCAAGUCUAAUCCUUCAUCUCCUAAUCAUCAUAGUAAUAAUAAUAACAGUAAUAGUAAUAACAGUAGUAAUAAUACUACUACUACUACGACUGUUAAUGUCAACAAUAGUCAUAUUAGUAAUAAUAAUAAUAAUCAUCAACAACAACAACAACAUGUACAAUACCCACCAACAAGUCAUACCAAUUUACAAAAAAAGGUAAUGGGAGUUGGACACGGACUGGUUAAACAAACCAGUGACAAGGAUCUCUUUAGUACUCUAUUGUCUUUGAAUCCAGAGACAUUUUCAAGUCGUAGGAGACGGAAAUCAGCCUAUGACAACUCUGACGACAGUGAUGACGAUCAUCAUUCCAGGCGUAGAUUGGGAGGUGCAGGUGAAUCAGAUAUGCAAUUUCAAUUUGACCAGGAAUGGGUUAAAAAGAAUACAAGUAAACCAUCUAAAAAAUUACCAAUCCCUGGAGGUGAAACUCGAAAAUCAAUACAAUCAAAAAAGAAAAAGAAAAAGAAAAAGGAACCACCUAUCAAACAAUCAUUCUCUUACAAGAUACAAUCAACUAGUCCAACUGGAUCACCAACUAUUUCUAGCGAUAGUAGUAGUGGUAGUGAUCAAGAUGACGAUCAAGACGACAAAGACAGUGAUAACGAUGAAGAUGAUGGUGAUGAAUUUGAAGGUAUUGGAUGGGCGACAGAAGAAUUUUAUUAUGAUCCAGAUCUAAGUAAUAUAGAUGAUUUACAUGAAGUCAUUUCAUUGCUCAAGGAGAAAUAUACAUUAUCGUCGACACGUGCCAAAGAGUUGGAGAGACGAGUACAAAUUGCACUUCAGACAAAUGGGAAAUUGGAAGAAGAUAAAAGUCACUUGCAAACCGAUUUGAUUGGUAUUUCACUAAAGGCAAGUGCAUUGGAGAGAAACAAAGCAUCACUCGACCAACAAAUAGACGAAAAGAAUUCUGAAAUCAUCAGAUUGCAAAACGAAAAGAUCAAAGAGGAAAAGGAAACUCAUUCACUCAAAAAGAAACUCUCACAUUUUGAAGAUAUACUCCAAAGAAAUUCAAAACAACUUCAAGAUACAAUGUCAAUCCUCGAGGAAAAAGAUGUUAAACAUCAUCAAGAAAUUGAACAUAUUCAUAAUAGAUUAAAUUCUAAAAUUGAUUUUAUUCAAAAAGAUUAUAUAACAAAGAUUGAAAAAGAAAAAGAAAAAUUUAUUUAUUAUUGUGAAAUGACAGAACAAGAGAAAUAUAAUUUAGAAAAUGAGAAUUUGAAAUUAAAAGAAAUGAUUGAAACUUUAAAUCGUCAAGUUAAUAGUUUACAUAAAUUAUAUGAAGAAAAACAACAAGAAAUUAGUUUAUCAAAAGAAGAUAUUGAAAAUCAAACCAUUUCACAUGAAUUAUUAUCUAGUGAAAAGGAUAUGCUCAAUAGUGAAUUACAUAAUUGGAAAAAGAGAUGUCAAUUGAUGGAAGCUAAAAAGAUUGCUGAUCUCCAAGAGGAAUUGAAAAGAUCGAAAAAGGAACAUAGUAAAUUCAAAUCAAUGCUCAUCAAGGGAAUACAAGAUUUCCAAAUCAUGGAGGACUCCAUUAAUAUUGGUAGUACCCCACCUUUAUUAAUUCGUAGUAAUAGUAAUGAUACAAUUGAUGAAUUUAUUCAAAAAAAUGAUACAACAAUAACAAAUAAUAAUAAUAAUAAUGUAAAUAAUAAUAAUAAUAAUAAUAAUACAACUAUAGUUAAAAUGAAAAAGAAAUCAAUUGAUACAACAAUAGCGGCGACUACUACUACUAAUGGUAAUUCAACUAAACCACCUUUAAUUUCAACAACAAACAACAACCACUCCAACCCGACUAAUAAUAAUAAUAAUAACCCAAUCAUCAAGCCCAUUAUUAAAAAAUCAAAACAACAACCAACAACACGGACACCUAAUAGUAAUAAUACAAACUAA